AUGUGGGCGCGCCUGGCCUUUUGUUGCUGGGGUCUGGCGCUGGUUUCAGGCUGGGCGACCUUUCAGCAGCUGUCCCCGUCGCGCAAUUUCAGCUUCCGCCUCUUCCCCGAGGCGGCGCCCGGAGCCCCCGGGCGGCUGCCGGAGCCGCCCGCGCCCAGCGAGGACGCGGCGGCCGCGGAGAGCAAAGUGGAGCGGCUGGGCCAGGCGUUCCGGCGACGCGUGCGGCGGCUGCGGGAGCUCAGCGAGCGCCUGGAGCUCGUCUUCCUGGUGGACGAGUCGUCCAGCGUGGGCCAAGCCAACUUCCUCAGCGAGCUCAAGUUCGUCCGCAAGCUGCUGUCGGACUUCCCCGUGGUGCCCACUGCCACGCGUGUGGCCAUCGUGACCUUCUCGUCCAAGAACAACGUGGUGCCGCGCGUCGAUUACAUCUCCUCCCGCCGCGCGCACCAACACAAGUGCGCGCUGCUCAGCCGCGAGAUCCCGGCCAUCACCUACCGAGGCGGUGGCACCUACACCAAGGGCGCCUUCCAGCAAGCCGCGCAAAUUCUUCGUCAUUCUAGAGAAAACUCAACAAAAGUUAUAUUUCUCAUUACGGAUGGAUAUUCCAACGGGGGAGAUCCAAGGCCCAUUGCAGCAUCUCUGCGAGAUUUUGGAGUGGAAAUCUUUACAUUUGGCAUAUGGCAAGGAAACAUUCGAGAGCUGAAUGACAUGGCUUCCAUCCCAAAGGAGGAACAUUGCUAUCUGCUCCACAGUUUUGAAGAAUUUGAGGCUUUAGCUCGCCGGGCAUUGCAUGAAGAUCUGCCUUCUGGGAGUUUUAUUCAAGAGGAUAUGUCCCAUUGCUCCUAUCUGUGUGAAGCCGGCAAAGACUGCUGUGACCAGAUGGCAAGCUGCAAAUGUGGGACUCACACGGGUCAGUUUGAGUGCAUCUGCGAGAAGGGCUAUUACGGGAAAGGUCUCCAGUACGAAUGCACAGCUUGCCCAUCCGGGACAUACAAACCAGAAGGUUCACCAGGAGGAAUCAGCACUUGCCUUCCAUGUCCUGAUGAAAAUCACACCUCUCCACCCGGAAGUACGUCUCCUGAAGACUGUGUCUGCAAGGAGGGGUACCAGGCCUCUGGCCAGACCUGCAAAGUUGUCCACUGCCCUGCCCUGAAGCCUCCUGAAAACGGUUACUUUAUCCGAAACACUUGCAACAACCACUUCAAUGCAGCCUGUGGGGUCCGAUGUCACCCUGGGUUUGACCUCGUGGGAAGCAGCAUCUUCUUGUGUCUCCCCAGUGGUUUGUGGUCCGGUUCCGAAAGCUCCUGCAGAGUGAGAACAUGCCCUCGUCUCCGCCAGCCCAAACAUGGCCGCCUCAGCUGUUCAGCUGGAGAAAUGUCCUACAGGACCGUGUGCUUGGUCACCUGUGAUGAAGGGUACAGACUAGAAGGAAGUGCUAGGCUUACCUGUCAAGUAAACGCCCAGUGGGAUGGUCCAGAACCCCGGUGUGUGGAACGCCACUGUGCCACCUUUCAGAAGCCCAAAGGUGUUACCGUGUCACCUCCCACCUGUGGUAGGCAUCCAGCCAAACCUGGGACGAUCUGUCAGCUAAGUUGCCGCCAAGGAUUCGUUUUAUCGGGGGGCAGAGAAGAAGUGAGGUGUACCACGUCUGGAAAAUGGAGCGCCAAAGUUCAGACAGCCGCUUGUAAAGACGUGGAAGCUCCUCAGAUCAACUGUCCUGCAGACAUAGAGGCUGAGACCCAAGAACAGCAAGACUCCGCUAAUAUCACUUGGCAAAUCCCAACGGCUAAAGACAACUCUGGGGAAAAGGUAUCAAUCCACGUUCAUCCAGCUUUUAGCCCACCUUAUCUUUUCCCAAUUGGAGAUGUUGCUGUCACAUACACAGCAACUGACCCAUCCAGCAACCAAGCCAGCUGCACCUUCCAUAUCAAGGUUAUUGAUGUAGAACCACCUAGCAUAGACUGGUGCAGAUCCCCGCCUCCAGUCCAGGUCUCUGAGAAGGAGCAUGCUGUGACCUGGGAUGAGCCUCAGUUUUCAGACAACUCAGGGGCCGUGUUGACCGUCACCAGAAGCCAUACACCAGGAGACCUUUUCCCUCAAGGGGAAACGGUAGUGCGGUAUACAGCCACUGACCCCUCAGGCAAUAAUAGAACCUGCGACAUCCACAUUGUCGUAAAAGGUUCCCCCUGUGAAGUUCCGUUUACACCUGUAAAUGGGGAUUUUGUAUGUACUCAAGAUAGUACUGGUGUUAACUGCACAUUAAGUUGCUUAGAGGGCUAUGAUUUCACAGAAGGAUCUACUGACAAGUAUUAUUGUGCUUAUGAAGAUGGUAUCUGGAAGCCACCAUAUUCCACUGAAUGGCCAGACUGUGCUAUAAAACGUUUUGCAAAUCAUGGGUACAAGUCCUUUGAGAUGCUGUACAAAGCAACUCGCUGUGAUGACACAGAUCUGUUGAAGAAAUUUUCUGAAGCAUUUGAGACCACCCUGGGGAAAAUGGUCCCAUCAUUUUGUAGUGAUGCUGAUGACAUUGACUGCCGACUGGAGGACUUGACCAAAAAAUACUGCCUUGAAUAUAAUUAUGACUAUGAAAAUGGCUUUGCAAUUGGACCUGGUGGCUGGGGUGCAGCCAACAGGCUGGAUUACUCUUACGGUGACUUCCAGGACACAGUGCGAGAAACACCCACGGGUGCUGGCAAAGCCAGAUCUUCACGGAUUGAAAGAAGUGCCCCAUUAUCUGACCACAAAAUUAGGUUAAUUUUUAACAUCACAGCUAGUGUGCCAUUACCCGAUGAAAGAAACGAUACCCUUGAAUUGGAAAAUCAGCAGCGACUCAUUAAGACAUUGGAAACGAUCACAAAUCGACUGAAAAGGACCCUUACUAAGGAGCCCAUGUAUUCCUUUCAGCUUGCCUCUGAAAUGCUUGUAGCUGACAGCAAUUCCUUAGAAACAGAAAAGGCUUUCCUCUUCUGCAGACCGGGCUCUGUGCUGAGAGGCCGAAUGUGUGUCAACUGCCCUUUGGGAACCUACUAUUCCCUGGAGCAUUCUGUCUGUGAGAGUUGCUUGAUGGGCUCCUAUCAAGAUGAAGAAGGGCAGCUUGAGUGCAAACCCUGUCCGACUGGGACUUACACCGAAUAUCUCCAUUCAAGGAGCAGCUCGGAAUGCAAAGCUCAGUGUAAACAAGGCACCUACUCAUCAAAUGGGCUUGAAACAUGCGAGUCGUGUCCACUGGGCAGCUAUCAGCCAGCAUUUGGUUCCCGGGGGUGCCUCUUAUGUCCAGAAAACACUUCAACUGUGAAAAGAGGAGCUGUGGACAUUUCUGCUUGUGGAGUGCCUUGUCCAGUGGGAGAAUUCUCUCGUUCUGGGUUAAUGCCCUGUUAUCCAUGUCCUCAAGACUACUACCAACCCAAUCCAGGGAAGUCCUUCUGUUUAUCGUGUCCGUUUUAUGGAACUACAACCAUCACGGGUGCCAGAUCCAUCACAGAUUGUUCCAGCUUUAGUUCAACUUUCUCAGCAGCAGAGGAAAGUACAGUGCUUCUUUCUUCUCCUGGACAUGUCAAAAAGAAGUAUGAAGUCAGCAGUCAGGUUUUCCAUGAAUGUUUCUUAAACCCCUGCCACAAUAGUGGAACCUGCCAACAACUGGGCCGUGGCUAUGUGUGUCUCUGUCUGCCCGGAUAUACAGGCUUAAAAUGUGAGAUAGACAUUGAUGAAUGCAGCUCACUGCCCUGCCACAACAAUGGAAUUUGUAAAGAUCGAGUUGGAGAAUUCAUUUGUGAAUGCCCAUCUGGUUACACAGGUCAGCUUUGUGAAGAAAAUGUAAAUGAGUGCAGCUCCAGUCCUUGUUUAAAUAAAGGAACCUGCGUUGAUGGCCUGGCUGGUUAUCAGUGCACGUGUGUGAAAGGAUACAUGGGCCUACACUGUGAAACAGAAGUCAAUGAAUGCCAGUCAAGCCCAUGUUUAAAUAACGCAGUCUGUGAAGAUCAGCUUGGGGGGUUCUUGUGCAAAUGCCCACCUGGAUUUUUGGGCACCCGGUGUGACAUAAACAUGGAUGAGUGUCUCAGCCAACCAUGCAAAAAUGGAGCUACUUGCAAGGAUGGUGCCAAUAGCUUCAGGUGCCACUGUGCAGCAGGCUUCACAGGGACACACUGUGAGCUGAACAUCAACGAAUGUCAGUCUAACCCCUGUAAAAAUCAGGCCACCUGUGUGGAUGAAUUAAACUCCUACAGCUGUAAAUGUCAGCCAGGAUUUUCAGGCCGCAGGUGUGAAACAGAACAGUCUGCAGGCUUUAACCUGGAUUUUGAAGUUUCUGGGAUUUAUGGUUACGUCAUGCUGGAUGGCGUGCUUCCGUCCCUCCAUGCUGUGACCUGCACAUUCUGGAUGAAAUCGUCUGACGACAUUAAUUAUGGGACGCCGAUCUCCUAUGCCCUGGAGAAUGGCAGUGACAAUACCUUCCUCCUAACCGAUUAUAACGGCUGGGUUCUUUAUGUAAAUGGCAAGGAAAAAAUAACAGACUGUCCUUCUGUGAAUGACGGUAAUUGGCAUCACAUUGCCAUCACUUGGACGAGUACUGGUGGAGCCUGGAAAGUCUACAUUGAUGGGAAGUUAUCCGACGGUGGCAUGGGCCUCUCUAUAGGAUCACCCAUCCCUGGUACGUUUGGUGGUGGUGCAUUGGUUAUUGGGCAAGAACAAGAUGAAAAAGGAGAGGGAUUCAACCCAGCUGAGUCUUUUGUGGGCUCCAUAAGCCAGCUCAACCUCUGGGACUAUGUCCUGUCUCCACAGCAGGUGAAUUCGCUGGCCACCUCAUGCCCAGAGGAACUCAGUAAAGGAAACGUGCUAGCCUGGCCUGAUUUCCUGUCGGGAAUUGUGGGGAGAGUGAAGAUUAAUCCGAAGAGCAUAUUCUGUUCAGAUUGCCCAUCUUUAGAAGGAUCAGUACCUCAUCUGCGAACUGCAUCAAGAGACGUAAAGCCAGGCUCCAAAAUCAGUCUGUUCUGUGACCCAGGCUUCCAGAUGGUCGGGAACUCUGUGCAGUAUUGCCUGAAUCAAGGACAGUGGACACAACCAUUGCCUCGCUGUGAACGCAUUAGCUGUGGCGUGCCACCCCCUUUGGAGCACGGCUUCUAUUCAGCCGAGGACUUCCAUGCUGGCAGCACAGUGACCUACCAGUGCAACAACGGUUACUAUUUGUUGGGCGAUUCAAGGAUGUUCUGUACGGAUAAUGGGAGCUGGAAUGGCAUUUCGCCGUCAUGUCUUGAUGUUGAUGAAUGUGCAGUUGGGUCAGACUGUAGUGAACACGCCUCCUGCCUGAAUACAAAUGGAUCCUACGUCUGCUCAUGUAUCCCACCCUACACAGGGGAUGGUAAAAACUGUGCAGAACCUAUAAAAUGCAAGACUCCAGGAAAUCCAGAAAAUGGCCACUCUUCCGGGGAGACUUAUACCGUGGGUGCCGAGGUCACGUUUUCAUGUGAAGAAGGAUACCAGCUGGUGGGGGUGGCCAGGAUCACAUGUUUGGAGUCUGGAGAAUGGAGUCAUCUGAUACCAUAUUGUGAGGCUGUUUCCUGUGGUGCACCAGCUCUCCCAGAAAACGGUGGCAUUGAUGGGUCUGCAUUUACCUAUGGCAAUAAAGUGAUAUAUAGGUGUAAUAAAGGAUAUACUCUGGAGGGUGAGAAAGAAUCAUCGUGUCUUGCUAGUGGUUCUUGGAGUCAUUCUCCUCCUGUGUGUGAACUGGUCAAGUGUUCUAGCCCCGAAGAUGUAAAUCAUGGGAACUAUAUUUCGAGUGGGCUUACCUAUCUUUCCACUGCAUCGUAUUCAUGUGAUAAUGGAUACAGUUUGCAGGGCCCUUCCGUCAUUGAAUGCUCGGCCUCAGGCAGCUGGGAUAGAGCGCCACCUACCUGCCAUCUCGUCUCCUGUGGAGAGCCGCCGGCCAUCAAAGAUGCUGUCACCACCGGGAGUAACUUCACCUACGGGAACACUGUCACUUACGCUUGCAGAGAAGGCUACACCCUUGCCGGUCCUGACACUAUUGAGUGCCUGGCCAGUGGCAGGUGGAGCAGAAGUGACCAGCAAUGUCUGGCCGUCUCCUGUGACGAGCCGCCCAGUGUGGAACACGCCUCCCCAGAGACUGCCCAUCGGCUGUUUGGAGACAUUGCGUUCUACUAUUGCUCAGACGGCUACAGCCUGGCAGACAACUCCCAGCUCCUCUGCAAUGCCCAGGGCAAGUGGGUUCCUCCGGAAGGUCAGGCCAUGCCCCGUUGUAUAGCUCAUUUCUGUGAAAAACCCCCUGCUGUUUCCUACAGCAUCUUGGAAUCUGUGAGCAAAGCAAAAUUUGCAGCAGGCUCAGUUGUGAGCUUCAAAUGCAUGGAGGGUUUUGUACUGAAUACCUCAGCAAAGAUUGAGUGUCUGCGAGGUGGGCAGUGGAGCCCUUCCCCCAUGUCCAUCCAGUGCAUCCCUGUGCGCUGUGGGGAGCCGCCCAGAAUCAGGAAUGGCUAUGCAAUUGGAUCAAACUACAGUUUUGGAGCCAUGGUGGCUUAUAGCUGCAACAGGGGCUUCUACAUCAAAGGCGAGAAGAAGAGCGCCUGCGAAGCCACAGGACAGUGGAGCAGCCCCAUACCCACGUGCCACCCUGUAUCUUGCAGUGAACCACCGAAGGUUGAGAAUGGCUUUCUGGAGCAUACAACUGGCAGGACCUUUGAGAGUGAAGUGAGGUACCAGUGUAACCCAGGCUAUAAGUCAGUUGGAAGUCCUGUGUUUGUCUGCCAAGCCAAUCGCCACUGGCACAGUGAAUCCCCUCUGUCAUGCAUCCCUCUCAACUGUGGGAAACCUCCCCCGAUCCAGAAUGGCUACAUAAAAGGAGAAAAUUUUGAAGUCGGGGCCAAGGUUCACUUUUUCUGUAAUGAGGGUUACGAGCUUAUCGGUGAUCAUUCUUGGACAUGCCUGAAAUCUGGCAAAUGGAGUAAGAAGCCAAACCAAAAGUGUGUGCCUGCCAAGUGCCCAGAGCCACCCCUCUUGGAGAACCAGCUCGUAUUGAAGGAGUUGACCACGGAGGUGGGAGUGGUGACAUUUUCCUGUAAGGAAGGGCACGUCCUCCAGGGCCGCUCUGUCCUGAGAUGCUUGCCGUCCCAGCAGUGGAAUGAUUCUUUUCCUGUCUGUAAGAUGGUUCUGUGCCGCCCACCUCCCCUCAUUUCCUUCGGCGUCCCUGCUCCUUCUUCUGCUCUUCAUUUUGGAAGUACUGUCAAGUAUUCUUGUGUGGAUGGGUUUUUCUUAAAAGGAGAUCCUGCCACCUCCUGCCAAGCUGAUGGUACCUGGAGCUCUCCACUGCCAGAAUGCGUGCCAGUGGAAUGCCCGCAGCCUGAGGAAAUCCUCAACGGCAUCAUCGACGUGCAAGGUCUCGCCUACCUGAGCACAGCUCUGUAUACCUGCAAGCCAGGCUUUGAGUUGGUGGGCAAUACCACCACUCUUUGUGGAGAAAAUGGUCACUGGCUCGGGAAAAAACCAACCUGUAAACCCAUUGAGUGCCCAAAGCCCAAGGAGAUUUUGAAUGGCAAAUUCUCUUACACAAAGCUACACUAUGGGCAAACCGUUACAUACUCUUGUGACCGAGGCUUCAGGCUCGAAGGUCCCAAAGCCUUGACUUGUUUAGAGACAGGAGAUUGGGAUGUGGACGUCCCAUCUUGCAAUGCCAUCCACUGUGAUCCCCCCCAACCCAUUGAAAACGGGUUCGUAGAAGGUGCAGACUACAGCUACGGUGCCAUGAUCAUCUACAGCUGCUUCCCUGGGUUCCAGGUAGCUGGUCACGCCAUGCAGACCUGUGAAGAGUCUGGGUGGUCAAGCUCCAUCCCGACAUGUGUACCCAUCGACUGUGGUCUCCCCCCUCACAUUGAUUUUGGAGACUCUACUGUGGUCAGAGAUGGUCAGGGAUAUUUUAACCAAGAAGACGACAUGAUGGAAGUUCCGCAUGUGACUCCUCACCCCCCUCAUCAUCUGGGAACAGUGGCUAAAAUCUGGGGAAACAAGAAGGGGUCUCCUGCUAUGCAUUCGGCAAAAUUUCGGUACAACACCCUGGUUUCGUAUGGCUGUAAUCCGGGAUACGAACUCCUGGGGAACGCUGUGCUGAUCUGCCAGGAAGAUGGGACUUGGAAUGGCAGUGCUCCGUCAUGCAUUUCAAUUGAAUGUGACCUGCCCGUUGCUCCUGAAAAUGGCUUUCUGCAUGUUACAGAGACGACCACGGGCAGUGCCGUACAGUAUAGCUGCAAACCUGGGCACACUCUGGUGGGCUCUGACAUCAGACUUUGUCUGAGGAACAGAGAAUGGAGUGGUGCUUCCCCACGCUGUGAGGCCAUCUCAUGCCCCAAACCAAAUCCAGUUACGGAUGGCUCCAUCCAAGGAAGCACCUACUCGUACCUGAGCGUGUUGUACUAUGAGUGUAAUUCUGGGUAUGUGCUGAAUGGCACCAGCAGGAGAACAUGCCAAGAAGAUAAAACGUGGGAUGGAGAUGAGCCAGUCUGUAUUCCCGUGGACUGUGGUUCACCCCCGAGCUCAGCCAACGGCAAGGUAAAAGGAGAGGAAUAUACAUUCCAGAAAGAGGUUCAGUACACUUGCAACACAGGCUUCUUGCUGGAGGGGGCCAGCAGUCGUGUGUGUCUUGCUGAUGGAAGUUGGAGUGGAAACACUCCCACCUGUGUGCCUGUCCAGUGUGCUCCCCCAUCACAGGUGGCAAAUGGGGUGAUGGAUGGCCGGGACUAUGGCUUCGGGAAGGAAGUGGUGUUCCACUGUCAGGAUGGGUAUGCGUUACAUGGGGCCCCCAAACUCACCUGUCAGUCAGAUGGUAACUGGGAUGCCCAGGUUCCUGUCUGUAAACCAGUCAACUGCAGCCCUCCUGAAGAUCUUGACCGUGGCUUUCCUAACGGCUUUUCCUUUUAUCGUGGGGGGCAGAUGGAGUACCAGUGCUUUCCCGGUUAUAAGCUCCAUGGAAGUCCUUCAAGAAAGUGUCUCUCUAAUAGCUCCUGGAGCGGCAGCCCCCCUUCCUGCUUGCCUUGCAAGUGCUCCCCACCAACCAUUCAGAGUGGAGCUGUUAAUGGGACAGAUGUCAGUUGUGGAAAGGCAGCUCAGAUUCGGUGCUUCAAAGGCUUCCAACUCCUGGGACUCUCCGAGAUCACCUGUGAAGCCGAUGGCCAGUGGAGCUCUGACUUCCCACGCUGUGAACACCCUUCUUGUGGUUCUCCUCCAACGAUACCAAAUGCGUUCAUCAUUGAAAGGAGUUCAUUGGACGAAAAUGUGAUAACUUACACCUGUAAGCCUGGAUAUGUCAUCCAAGGCAGUUCAGAUCUGAUUUGUACAGAGAAAGGCAUGUGGAGCCAGCCUUACCCAGUCUGUGAGCCCCUGUCCUGUGGACCGCCACCAUCUGUCUCCAAUGCAGUGGUAACUGGAGAAGCAUAUACCUAUGAAAGUCAAGUGAAGCUCAGGUGUCUAGAAGGUUAUAUGAUGGAUACAGAGAUAGACACAUUCACCUGUCAGAAAGACGGUCGUUGGUUCCCUGAGCUAAUUUCUUGCAGUCCUAAAAAAUGUCCUCUGCCAACAAAUGUAACACACAUACUUGUUCAUGGUGAUGAUUUCAGUGUGAAUACGCAAGUGUCUGUGUCUUGUGCAGAAGGGUACACCUAUGAGGGAGUUAAUAUAUCAACAUGUCAGCUUGACGGCACCUGGGAGCCCCCAUUUUCUGAUGAAUCCUGCAGUCCAAUUUCUUGUGGGAAACCUGAAAGUCCAGAACAUGGAUUUGUGUUUGGCAGUGAAUACAACUUUGAAAGCACGAUUACUUAUCACUGUGAAACUGGCUAUGAAUUAGAGGGGAACAGAGAACGGGUGUGUCAGGAGAAUGGACAGUGGACUGGAGAGGUGGUGACAUGCAAAAAGAUCAUGUGUGAAGCUCCACUUGAGUUUCUGAAUGGAAAAGCUGAAGUUGAAAACAGUACCACUGGGCCCAGCGUGAUAUAUUCCUGCAACAGAGGCUACAGCCUUGAAGGGGCGCCCGAGGCUUCCUGCACAGAAAAUGGGACUUGGAGCCACCCUGUUCCUCUCUGCAAACCAAAUCCAUGCCCUGUCCCAUUUGUGAUCCCUGAGAAUGCUGUGCUUUCUGAAAAGGAGUUCUAUGUCGAUCAAAACGUGUCUAUCAAGUGUAGGGAAGGCUUCCUGCUCCGGGGCCAGAGUACUAUCACGUGCAACCCUGACGAGACGUGGACGCAGACAAGUGCCAAAUGUGAAAAAAUCUCAUGUGGUCCACCAACUCACGUAGAAAAUGCAAUUGCCCGAGGCGUACAUUAUCAGUAUGGGGAUAUGAUCACCUACUCCUGUUACAGUGGAUACAUGUUGGAGGGUUCCCUGAGGAGUGUUUGUCUAGAGAAUGGAACCUGGACAUCACCCCCUGUCUGCAGAGCUGUCUGUCGAUUCCCAUGUCAGAAUGGAGGGAUCUGCCAGCGCCCAAAUGCUUGUUCCUGUCCAGAUGGCUGGAUGGGUCGCCUCUGUGAAGAGCCGAUCUGCAUUCUUCCGUGUCUAAACGGCGGUCGUUGUGUGGCCCCUUAUCAAUGUGACUGCUCACCUGGCUGGACAGGGUCCCGCUGUCAUACAGCUGUCUGCCAGUCUCCCUGCUUAAAUGGUGGAAAAUGCGUAAGACCAAACCGAUGCCAUUGUCUCUCGGCAUGGACAGGACAUGACUGUUCCAGGAAAAGGAGGACUGGGUUUUAACCAUCGCACAACCAACCAGCUCUCCUAAAAUGCAGGAUCAUCUCUUCCUGGCAGUCCUGGACAUCACACAAUUUACAUGAAGACUUUCCAACACGGUGCUGGGUCUUGUCUCAUUUCAGUCAACUUGUUACUUUGGGUUGACCUUUUUGUUUUGUGUUAUAGUCUGUUAUUUCUUGUGACAUACCUUCUUAUAUGUUUCCAUUUUAAAAUAUGCCUGUAUUUUCUAUAUAAAAAUAUAUUAAAUAGAUGCUGCUCCAUUCUCACAAAAUGUACAUACU